GAAGCCAAUGGCCCCUGCGAGCUGGACCAAUCACCCCAGCGAUAAUCUCGGUGCCUUAAGUGAUCGACAAGGAGCUCCGCCGCAUUUUCCCAACCGGCAGUAAAGCGCGUGGCUCGCGACGCUGGACACACCGAACAACCUUCUCCCGCUGUAUAUACGCAUGCAUUCUCCUCCUCCGCUCGGCAGCGCUGCUCUCCAACUUUUAGGCAACAAUUAUAAGCCGCGGAUAUAAGUUACGAGCCUCAUUGAGCAGUCGCCAGAGCGCAAUUAGGACAAGAUGGUUGACCGACCGCCCUCCGCAACCACCUCUCGGAUUUCUAUGACUGGUAGACGAGAUUUCGGUAUGAAGUUCAUAGCUCCGAUUGACGAUAUCCCUCAACAACAACACGCCGUACACCCCGAAAACAUGGGGAACGUAGGAAAUGUCGAGGAGAACGUGUACUAUGUGCAGAUGCCGGCGCCAGCGCUGGAGCCGGAACUAGUGACCCGGGAAGCGAUUUCAACAGCACAUCACCCUCCUCCGACAUAUUGGGACCGGUACCUGGAAGCUGGAGGCCUGAAGCACGACGACGAUGAAAAUGACGAAGAAGACGAGGGAUGCCAUCCCUUCUGGAUGGGUUGGGUAGACAUGCUGAGGGGAAUGGGGUUAAUUAUUGCCGGUUGUCUUAAAAUUCCGUUUGUUAUUGGACAUGGCGUUGCGAAGACAUUCCAUUACAUACCGACAUUGUACCACGAUGACACUGUUCGGAAAUGGCCGAAGAUCACCGGUUUCCCGUCAGCGUGCGCCGCGAGUUUUGCUGUGCUAUGGUUUGGUCUUCUCGAUGGUAUGACCGACUGGUUUGUAUUGCCUUACAAGUGCGCCAGGAAAGAUGGGUUCAAAGGGUUCUUCAAGGGGAUAGCGAAGGGAUUCGCCAGUAUCCUCUUCAAAAUACCAGCUGGUGUCAUUGGUUUUGCGACUCACCCUUUCUUUGGGAUAUAUAAAGAAGCUGCGAAAUUCAAACUGGACAUCAAACGUGAGCGGAACAAGAAGCCUCGCAAAGAUGUGGCGUCGCUUAUAUGAUGUUAGGCUCAACUAAAC